AAAUCGGAGCAGACAGGCAGGCAGGCAGGAGAGACAUCUGCCUUGCUUUCAAUGGGUAUAACAAAUGUUUCAGUAAUUCCACUCCAUCUGAAACUUCCCUCCCCUUCAGCACACUCCCAAACUCCAGCAAAGGAAUGAAUCCCAGCCUUGCAGAGGGUUAGUAUUUUCCCCAGCUUAGAGUAUCGGAAAGAUUCCUCCUGUGGGCUUGCAUCAUGGAGACCUGCAGUCAAUCCAGCAGUCAACAGAUUCUGUGGAAAGAUGUUGAGAUGGUGAAAGAGAAGAAGGCCAAGUACCAAACCCACCAGAGAGUGGCUCUAGCUCUGGUUCUGGUCUUCCUUGUUAUGGCUCUCUCUGUUUUCAGCCUGAGGUAUCUGUGGAGCCCCAGUCUGGGGAAGGUGUACGACCACCAGUACAAAGCCUUGUUGGAUGGUAUCGAGACAGAAAGCAUGUUGGAGAUUGACCCAGGUCAGCGAGUGGAGAUCUUCAGAAUCGGAAACGGAAACGAAGAAGUAAUUGAAGUUCAUGACUUCAAAAAUGGAAUCACUGGGAUCCGCUUUGCCGAACAUCAGAGGUGCUACAUCCGGACCCAAACUAGGAAACUACCCACAGUGGCAGAGGUGGAAGCUGAGGACACAGACUUACUGCAGGUGGAUGAGGCCAAGGCCAUGGACAUAAAGGUGGAGGAGUCCCAUGUGUGGGUUCUUGAAGAGGAGCCCAUCGUUAACCCAGCUUUCCUCCUCAACUCCAAGAUCUGGGAAAUUUGCCAGAAUCUGCCCAUCCACUGGAUCCAUCCCUCCCCUUUGAGUGAUGAUGAGGUUGAAAAUGUGGACACACCCGACGCAGAGGCCACAGGUCAGCGUUUCGCCCGUGACGUCCUGGACCACCCUGCCGUCAGCGACUAUCGAGACGUCGGAAUCGAGCUGGACAACCGUCUGGAUGACAACGGCUACUGCUGCCAGCACUGUCGCCGUGGUUACCGCUACUGCCGCCGCUACUUCGAGCCCCUGGGCGGCUUCAACCAAUGGCCGUACUACUACCAAGGAGGCCGGGUCAUCUGUCAAGUUGUCAUGCCGUGCAACUGGUGGAUCGCCCGUAUGCUGGGGAGGGUCUGAGGAGGGUGGGCUCUGUCUGGGAUUUAAACUGUUAAUGUUGUUGCGGGAGCAAAUUCUCCUUUUGAUAAAUAUUCCAGACAACUAGAGAGACCAAAGCAGCCCACUGCACACACAAUUAUUAUCCUAUCUGAAAGUCGUCCCAUUGAGUAUUAGUCAGACUGAACAGUCUAAAUGGUAUUUGAAGAGUUUAGAAAAAGUCUUUGGUCGUUUACAGCGGUCUCAUUUUCUUUACUUAUCUACCUAUUUGGUCUCCUUGCAAUUUGAUCUUGUUGAAUUGUUGUAAUUCAGUUUAGAAUACGUCAACUUGAACCGAUCUUCCCUAAAACACUAUCUGUCGUCACUUGUGCUUGUUUGUUUUUUUACUCUAUAGGCUUAAAGGUAUGUUUCUACAUAUACUGUGUAUGAACUUGUACGUACAGUACUACAAUAUAUAAUAAUAGUCAGUGAGUGGUGCUAUUAUAUUUUACAUUUCACUAUGUUUUGUAUUCAUUUUUUAUUCUUGCUUAUAUAAGUAGCAGAUAAAACCCCUUCCUUUACAAACCACAAGAUACACACACAUAAUUAACUUGUCACAGUGACACAACAUACUAACUUACUGAGGUCAUAUAGCCAUUCUUUGCUAUAUUAAUGUUUUUAAAUAAUGUAAAACUAAAAUAAAAUAUGACAGCAUAAUACAUCAGAUAUAAAAAUAUAAUAUUACACAUACACAAUAUGAGAAAACUACAUUCAACAUAUUAAAAAUAAGACAAUCAGGGGCAAAUAAGAAAACAAAUAACACGUGUAGUUCAGCACCAAGCCUGUAUCACAAGAAUUUUUUUCUCUGUUUUUGGUAUCAUGUUACACUACGGAGGUGGUGUUUAAUUAAAGAUGCAAAGACCUCCGAUGUCUUUUGUGAUGUGCUCACUCUCGUGUUAUUCUCCAUUGUGUUCACUGUUGUUGCAAAUCCACAGAAUGCAUUUUUAAUUGUGCCUCUGUUCAAAGUUCCCCCUGUGCCCAGGCGAUAUUAAUCUGAAACGCCACAUCUCAAUCUGCCGAGCUGAAGCAACUCUCGUCUGUAACUAACAGAUAAGAAAGUGAGGAAGCUGUUUGUAAUGGAUGUUCUGUCAUCGUUAGAAGGUGCACGAAGGCCCGAGCGAGAGAUUCAAAAGUUGAACAAAGACAGAAAUUGAGCACUGUUGUCAUGUUUCUGUGCAUGUUUCUAUCUCUGUGCUGAUGAUUUUUUCUCCAACUUAAACUUGAUUGCACACACAAUCUCAAUGUCCUGUCAUAGGAAAAAUGUGAUUUCCUCUACAGAAACAAAUUGCCCAUGAGUGUUUGUGUCUAUAUCUGAUUCAUGCAAUCAAUAGAAUAAGACAGAUGUCUGCUCUUCCCAUCGAUCGUUAGCAGAAACAUUUAUUAUUAUAUUAAAAGAGACUUGAUAAGAUAAAAACAGACUUAACCUGAGACUCUCUCACGUAUCUAAUGCAUAAUAACGCUUUGUUUACAGUGGUGUGAAAGUAUCUCGCCUGCUUAGUAAACCUGGAAGUUGACUCAUGUUGUUUCAGUGAGAUAAUAAUGUCGGCAAUAUCAACAAUGUUUGGCAGUGAAAUGGAUUUUGCGAAAAAAGAGGGUGAAACAUAUUACUGUAUGUAAAUGUUUUAUGGAUGUGCUCAUAAAUGGAGUUCAGCUGCACCCAUAUCGUUAUUUUUUAAAUCAAUAAUGCUGAUGGCCCAUAGCAACAUGUCAAGUAAAAAAAUUGUGGCAUGAGUUAACAAAUACAAUAAUUGCAAACAUACUUCAAAUAAACUGACAAGUGUACUGCAAAGCACCAGAGGCAGUUCUGAAAAGUUCACAAAAUUAGUGUAUAUAAAAUUCAUUCCUUUCUGUUUUCCGUCUUAUCACAUCAAAUAUUCAUGUGUUUAUUAAAAAGAAUGCAUUCAG